AUGGCAACGACAACCACUUCUGUCAAGCAUACGAAUUCCAACGAUGCUACCCGUCAUAUCACUCUCGACACUAUGCCUCCCAGCCAGCAAGCUGCGGACGAGGUGGCCUCUAGUGAACCCACUGGGGCUUUCCCCGCGUUGGAGAAGUGGAAUUCUCCCCGCAUCAAUGCAUACCGAUGCUUUGCGACCUUCUUUAGUUUUUUGGUGAUAGGAAGUAAUGAUGCGGCGUACGGUCUGGAAACAUACUACGACUUGACCUACACAAUCGUCUCCCUGGUCUUCCUCUCGCCUCUAGUCGGGUACACCCUGGCCGCGUUGCUCAAUCACCGAAUCCACAACUCGCUCGGCCAACGUGGAGUUGCGUUCAUCGCCCCAGCCUGUCAUCUCAUCGCCUAUGUGGUCAACUGCUUGCAUCCGCCCUACCCGGUUCUUGUGGUCUCGUUUAUAUUUGCAGGUUUUGGAAAUGGUCUGGCAGAUGCCGCGUGGAAUGCAUGGAUUGGCAACAUGGCUAACGCGAACGAGUUGCUGGGUUUCUUGCAUGGCGUGUAUGGCCUGGGUGCUGUAUUGGCCCCAUUGAUCGCAACGUCCAUGAUAGCCAAAGCUCAGAUGCCGUGGUACAACUUCUACUAUGUGAUGGUCGGCUGCGCGGUGGUUGAACUGGCAACAUGCGGCGCAUGUUUCUGGAAAGCGACUGGUGCUGUCUUCCGUGCAGAGACCUCUGAAUCUGUCGAGGAAGACAAGAAGGGUGGGCUUCGUGCUGCUUUGUUCAAGCGUCCUUCUGCUCGCGUCACCUGGCUAUGCUCUCUAUUCCUGCUGGGGUACGUGGGAUGCGAAGUCGCUCUUGGUGGCUGGAUUGUGACCUUUAUGAUUCGCGUCCGACAUGGCAGUGCAUUCGCAAGUGGUAUGACCGCCACAGGAUUCUGGCUGGGCAUUACAGUUGGAAGAGUCAUACUGGGUUUCGUGACGCCCCGACUAGGCGAGAAAGUGGCAAUUGCUGGAUACAUCGUCCUUUCUAUCGCAUUCGCAUUGGUACUUUGGCUUGUACCUCAAUUCUACGCGUCCGCCGUAGCGGUUUCUCUUCAGGGAUUCUUCCUGGGGCCUCUGUUUCCCGGAGCAAUUGUCAUGAUCACCAAACUUCUCCCUCGACAUCUUCAUGUUAGUUCAAUCGGGUUCUGUGCAGCCUUUGGUAGCUCUGGUGCUGCAGUUCUACCCUUUGCUGUUGGCGCUCUGGCACAGGCCAAGGGCGUACAAGUCUUGCAGCCGUUCGCCAUUGCCCUGUCUGGCGCUAUUUUGCUUGCCUGGCUAGGACUGCCGCGUGCAUCUAAAUUGCAGAGAACCGAGUAG